CACGGGUAAGCUGCGCGGAGAGAUCUGCGGGACAUAACUCUUUGGAUAGUUAAACGAUACCCUUUCCUCUCCAGGAUUGCUUACACGAAUUCAGCGGAUUUACAAAUGAUUAUUAAUGGAUGAUCUUCAAUGAUAAAGGAUAUAAUUUGUGGAUUACCCUGGAGCGCAACACUGGCGGCGUGAUACAAACAGAAGGGAGACCUACAGAGAGUUUUGGUGCCAUGACCUCCGGCGACUUUUGAUCACCUCUCUUCGUGCCAAGAACCUGUGGAGCCAUUAGCACACCUGCGUUUCUGAGCUGUCCUGCUGGGUCUACACCGUUGCAAUGAAGAAAGCUUUUCUUAUCCUCCAUCUCAUCCUGCUGUUGUCUCAGUUAUGCUGUGGAAUCAAAUGGCUGGCCUUGUCCCAGACGCCCUCCAGCUUGCACAUCAACAAGACCCAGCACUGCAAGGUGCUCCCCGGGCUGGUCAACUCCCAGGCCCAGCUGUGCCGCAGCAACCUGGAGCUCAUGCAGACCAUCAUCCAUGCCGCCCGCGAGGUCAAGAAGACCUGCCAGAAGACCUUUACAGAUAUGCGAUGGAACUGCUCGUCCAUCGAUUCGCCCAAGUACCUGCCAGACCUGGAGCGAGGUACGCGAGAGGCGGCGUUUGUGUACGCACUGUCAGCGGCGGCCAUUAGCCACACCAUAGCGCGGGCGUGCACGUCGGGUGACCUGAAGCUGUGCACGUGCGGGCCGAUCCCGGGCGAGAUUCCCGAGCCGGGCUACCGCUGGGGCGGCUGCGCAGACAACCUGCACUUCGGCCUGGUGGUGGGCUCCAAGUUCUCCGACGCGCCCAUGAAGAUGAAGAAGAAGUCCGGCGGCUCGCACGCCAACAAGCUCAUGCACCUGCACAACAGUGAAGUGGGACGGCAGGCUCUGAGAGACGCUCUGGUGAUGAAGUGUAAGUGCCACGGCGUGUCCGGUUCCUGCUCGAUCCGCACCUGCUGGAGGGGUCUCCAGGACCUCAAGGAGGUGGCCAUGGACCUGAAGACCAAGUACCUGUCGGCCACCAAGGUGGUGCACCGGCCCAUGGGCACCCGCAAGCAGCUGGUGCCCAAAGACAUCGACGUCCGGCCGGUCAGGGAGAACGAGCUGGUCUACCUGCAGAGCUCUCCGGACUUCUGCGCCAAGAACGACAAGCUGGGCUCUUUCGGCACACAAGACCGACAGUGCAACAAAACGUCCAGCGGGAGUGACAGCUGUGACCUGAUGUGCUGUGGCCGUGGCUACAACCCCUACUCGGAGCAGCUGGUGGAGCGCUGCCACUGCAAGUACCACUGGUGCUGCUACGUCACCUGCAAGAAGUGCGAGAGGACUGUGGAACGAUACGUCUGCAAGUGACCGCCCGCGCCUCUCGGAGAGCCUCGCCCCAUUCUCUUCUCCUCUUCAUCCUCCUCUUCCUCACCCUGAACCCCAACCCAACCCUCCUCGGCCUGUCGAGCCACAUCCAUCCCUCAUCUGUCCACAGCCACCCCUCAACACCCCCACCUGACCCUGGCUAUGCCCCAGCAACAGCCCAGCUCCCUUGGGUCCACUUUAUCCGGACAGCCCUCCCCUCCUACCUCCACGCAGCAACGACACCAACUCAACCAUUCUCACCCCUGCAGAUAACCAAAGCACUAUGAUACCAAGAAGGCUUAAUUUUCUCUUAAGCUUCUCAGUGUGUAUAUUUUUUUCUUUGAGAAACUUUUUUUUUUAACAAAAUGCACAACCCAAAAAGCUGGACUUUUUUUUUCCAAUUUUACAAACCAGAACAGAGGUGUUGUGCCAAUGCCUUUCUUUUUUUGAAAAGACCACCGUCCUUUUUUUUGUUUUUGCUCGCCAAAUGCUCUUGCUCUUUCUACACAAGGACACCAGAAACGUACAGCUUUAGCGAGAUGAGAUUACAUUGGAUAUAAUUCUAAAGGAAGUCCUGAGGUAUCUAUAUGACUGGAUAUCAGGAGAUGUCUAUCCCCAGUUUGCCUGAUUCUGCCUUGGACCAUAUUCUGUUCCUCAGGACUGUAUCUUGGAUUCGGCCGAGGUCUGAGGAAAUCCUUGGGUAUUCAUUUCAAAUGGUACUUCGCUUCUCCAACUGACAGAACACAGACUGAAAGACUCAAAGGAGAGAGAGAAAAAGACAGAAAGAUAGAAAGAGAGAGAGAAAGAAAGAGUGAGAGUGGAAAAGAGGUGCUGCAAAGGGAAUUUCAAGAACAAUUCUCAGACUUGAAACUGUCAAUUUUAGCUCUAUUAACUUUUCAGGUCUGAGGCAUGUUUUGGGGAAAUAUCUGCAUUUUUAUGUUGUCUGCUCUGGCAGAAGGACAAGGAUCUGUAAGUGUUUGCAAUGUUUUAUUUUUUUGCAUGUAAAACACAAUGGAAGCCCCCUGAUAGAAACCAGCUUGGGAAUGGGUCUGAUCCUGAUGUUGCACAGAUCCGGCAGAACUUAGCCUGAUCUGGUUCAUAUCCGGGCCAAGGUUCGCAGGUAUCGGGGGGCGGGGAACCUAUUGCUAACCCUUUCAGAGCAAGUGUGUGGGCUUUAGUACGACCACAUAAUGGAACCACUUCUAUGUGGAUGUAAAUACUGUAUUGUUUUUUUGUAAGCUGAAUUAAAAACAAAGAUAUUUAUAAACUAAUUAAAGAUUCUUUACCAAACUUUCACAA